CAGUCUUAAAAAGCGACGGGCGCCGUCGCUGCGCAUAAAAUGCGCUCUCUGCUAGCGUACUACGCUGAAGCCGUGAUGUCGGCGGCGGCUCGCGGCGCGGGCUGCACCCUCGGCUGCAGCGGCCGCGGCGACUGCCUCAACGGCACCUGCCUGUGCGAGAUCCGCUACGCCGGCGACCAGUGCGCCGCGCCCAACUUCUCCUACCACGCCUGCAUUGGCGGUAUUUUCCUGGUGGUGGCGUUCAUCUGCGCAGUCCAGCUGACAAUUUGCGUGGUCGCCGAAUACCGGCGACUGAAGGCGCCCACGUUCCUGCGAGCGUGCAAGGUCACCACGCAGAAGAUGCUGUACUUCGUCGCGUUCCUGGCCUCGCUCAUACGAGGGGCUUACUUCGUGUCCCCGUCCGCGUUCCAGGAGGGAUGGGCGACGAGCCUGCUCUCGGCGUACUACCCGCUGCUAAUGUCCGGCUCCUCGCUCAUCGUGUGCUUCUGGGCAGAGGUGUUCCACCUCCGAGACAUUCGCUGGGAGCGGCCGCGGUUCAUCUCGAAGACGUUCCUCGCGUUCGUCACCUUCAACGUGAUCAGCUACUCGCUGCUGGCCGCUGAGGUGCUGACCACCAACUUCGCCGACACCUCUGCUGAGAAGAAGAGCUUCUACCAGCACGUGUUCAACGGUUUCUACGCGGUGCUGCUCUUCGUGGUGGUCAUCUUCUUCCUCAUCUACGGGGUCGAGGUCUACUUCAAGCUCCGCGGCGAGUUCCUGAAGGAAACUAAAGUGUGCACGGUGAUAUCCCCGCGGCCCGGGCCCUCCACCGCGGACGAGGGCGACGAAGCAAGGGACACGCUUGUCACCAAGCAGGGCGUGCAAACCGACCUGGCCGACAACAAUGGCUCCGUGGACCCGCGCUCGGUGAACCAGUCGCAGCUGCACCAGUCGCGGCUGGGGCUGCUCAGCCAGGCGCUGAUGCUCAUCCUCAUCGCCGGCUUCCUCGCCUCCGAGACGCUCGGCGAGUUCUGGAAGACCAAAGUCCCAGUGGUCUCCCGCAACUGGCACGACGUGGUGUUCCGCCUGGCGGAGAUCGGCGUCGCGCUAUGGUUCCCGUGCGUGCUGUGGAACUCCAUGGCGCCCGAGCGACUGUGGCUGCUCAACCCGCGCCGGCUGCUGUCCAAGCAGCUGGACGAUGCGACACUUGCGGAACUAUUGGCUCGCCAUCCCGACACCAAGCUAGUGGUAUUCCGUCACCUGCCGUGGCUGGACAAGGCGCGUUUCGUUCUAGCCGUGCUCCGGUACUGGCGGUGGUGUCUAUGGACGCUGGCUCGGGCGGCCAUUGUUUCGCGACCGAGCAUAGAGAGCGGGAAUAAGCAGAAUGUGGAGACCGACUCACUAGUGGGCAGCGUGGGCUCGGCCCGCGACUGUUGGAUCUGCUACGACAGCGGGCGCGACGAGCCGCUCAUCCGGCCCUGCCGCUGCACCGGAGACGUGUCCGCGGUGCACCACGAGUGCCUGCGCCGCUGGCUGGUUGAGAGUGCAUCGACACCUGAUGGCCUGAAAUGCAAAGUUUGCAACACGCCCUACAUCGUGCAGGAAACCAACAGGGUGGAGUGGGACCGCGGCUUCACGUGCGCGCACUGGCUGCGCACAGCGCUGGCCGUCGCUUGCAUGUGCGGCGCGGGCGCGGCGGCCUGGCUCGUGGCGCAGCUGUGCGCCUCGCCGGUACCUCGCGUACUUGGCGCCGGCGCUGCAUUAUUGGUGUGCUACGUCGCCGUAAGAUUCCUCGGCAUGAACACCGUAUCAGCGUACCAGCGGGCUAAGGUGUCCUCCCUGCGGAUCCUCACCGAGCCCUCCUCAGAGCAUUCACUGGCUACCAUCAGCCAGUCGGUCACCGUUGACAUCGCCUCCAAGGCGGCCCUGCCACAGACCCUGAAGACGGACGAGAAAUAAACGAUACGCCGCUAUCGUUGGACCAGAUAACGUUACAGCGUGCGCGAAUAACGUUGCCGCGAGUGAAAACGUAUUCAGAAUAACGAUAUUCGAAAUAACGUUUGUGAAAUUGUGACGCGAGAAUGCCGUUAGUGAUUUCGAUAUCGGUAAAUACGGUGAUUCAAAAGCGUUUCGAGGCCAAAUUAAUGUUUCGUGAAAGCGAUAACGGAUAACGGUUCCAAAUACCGUUAUUAAGUGUGCGUGUUGAUGCCAAAAACUUUGAACUGAAGCACGUGCGUGAAAAAGACACUAUUCCGUAGUUACCUUAGAGUGUACAAUCGUGGCCAAACAGAAGAAAAGACAACAAAUAACGGUUAUAUACCGGUAUGCUAUUAUUAUGUGAUACGAGAGAAGCAAUGAUACGUUGUGAAAUAUAAAACGAUACGAAAGCUAUAUUUUCGUUAAAGUCGUCGCAGGCAACUACAGUGAAAAUGUUGGAUUUACAAAAACUUUGUUGUGAUGGACAUACGUAAUUUAAAUAUGUACUUUAUUUAUGUUCUGAUACUGCUAUUACAAAAAUAUACAGUAUGUUAACUAACGAAAGAGGUUCCUUUAAAUCUUAACAUAUUUUUAUUCAUAACACCUUUUUUAAAACCAAAAUAGUGGCGCGAAAUAGCUAUUUUACAACUAUAAGCGAAAGUAAGCUUACACAGGGUGUUGUAUUUUACGUAAGUUUUUUUGUGGUAUUUUAAAAUUUGAACAUUUUUGUUUAUUUAAUUUUUUGAUAUUCUUUGGAUCAUCUAGCUAGUUCUGCGUAUUAAAAACAAUGUCUUUCGUUAGUUAACAUAUUGUAUGAUAUAAAAUACUGGUUACGCGGUAAUCCCUUUCAAGCUACAAAAGUUUAGCAAACAUAUCAUAAAACGCCAAAGAAGUAAAUUUAGUUUAAAAAUUACAAAAAACCAUACGAAUUUAACACCAUACACACUAAAUUAAAACAUCAUACUGUCACACAUUUUCUUUUCUUACUAUUUUUUCAAUUAUUUUUUGAUUUUUUUCAUUGACAGCGAUUAACGUGUGACCAGUUUCUCGUGAAAUAUUGUCGCAUUUGAAAAAACAACUGUUUGUCAUAUGUAUGCCUCUCUUUCGCACUUAUUUCGUAAUGAGUGCGAGUAAGUGAGCAGGAAAGUCGAUUGUCAGUUUCAAUUUAUUACAGCUUGGAGACUUAUUUUUGAUGCAAUAGAAUUCUAAUUCGCAUACGUUACUACACAAAUGCUGUAUGAGUUUCAUAAACUAUGUUUUCAGAUCUGUAUUCGAAUUUCAAUUCUAAUGCUUAUAAAAUACUUGUUUUGAUUUUAAAAAUAACGAAAUAACGUUAAUGCGUUAUUGUCUGGACUACGAAGUGUUACUAUUGAGUAUUCGUUUUUUGUCAGUACAAAUGCCGUGAUAUAAACUGAUAGUGUGAUGUGUGUAUGGUAAAUUACGAUGAUAAUAAUUAUUAUAACGUAAUUAUUAAAUAUUUUGUUAUUAUA